GCCCGAACUAUGCUUUCAUCUUUUUGGCGAUGCUCUUCAUGUUCGUGUGCACAUCGCCAAUGCUGCUGAUGAUGCUUGCGGGAGUUGGUGGCGGCUGGUCUCAUGCCAUGCGAAGCGAAUCGUUCAGAAAUCGGCCAUGGACACUGGCAAUAGGUGGUGUUCAGGUGCCCCUGGGAUCGAACAUGAAAAUGUUGAUCAUGGCCUUGCCGACACUUCUCUUCUUGCACCUCUUCAUGGGUCCCGUCUUGUGGUCAGCGGCCUUGUGCAGCGGUGGCGUGAGCUUGGCGCACGCUGCCUUGCGGGACCGCGAAGAUGUGGACAAGAUGGAUGACUCGGAAGACAGAGAUGGAGAUUCGUCUUGGUCGAGAGGACGAGUUCGUGAACUUCCUUGA